CCAUCAUCGAUUAAAGUUCCAAUAAGUUCAACUAUUGGGCGAAAGGAGACCGAGUGAGCGGCCGACAGCGGACGGCAAGAGCGAGCGUGGACACGAGACCGCGCGACGCAGAUCCCAAGCGAGAGGACCGAGACGCCCGCAGCAGCAGCAGCAGAGAAUGAACGGAGGCUCAUCCAGCAACCAUGGAUCCCACGACAGCCCCGGACGCGCGCCAGACCGCUCGGGCCAGUUCAACGUGAACUUUGGCUUUCGCAGCGGCGGCUUUGGUAUGCGCGGCCGCGGGCGCAACAUGAACCAAGGCAACGGGGGUCGAAGCGGCCCCCGCGGCCGGUCGCCACCGCACAACCAGCCAAUGUACGGCGGCGGUAUGCAAGGUCGCGGCAACAACUACAACCGCAACCGCAGCAGCAGCGGUGGCAACUACAUGGCGUACAAGCAGCGGCCAAUGGGCCGAUCCCGCGACCGAUCCCGCUCCAAAGACCGCAUGGACCGGCGAGGCGCGUCGCGAGACCGAUCACGCGACCGCUUUCGGGACCGAUCCCGCGACCGUCGGCGCGAUUCGUUUCCGCGGGACCAUCAAGACGAGCUGCAGUCGAAUUCGUCACCCGAGAAGCUCGACCGGUCGUACGCCGACGACACCGAUGCGAAGCAAGCAGCCAGGAAGGAAGUCGACGCGAACGACACCGACUCGAAAGACGAAGAAGGCUUGGUCAAGGAAGACUCGCCGCGAAAGACGCCCGUACGACGACCGAGUUGGAGCAAUGCGAGCUCGCCCGUCGUCAAGCCCGAGACUGCCCGUCGCCGCGAGACCGAAGUGUCACCAGUACGACGAAGGGACAGCGUUGACAUCAAGCGUCGAGCCAGCAUCGUCGACGCCAGCGAAAAGCCGUUGAAGCGGAGCGAGUCGAUGAUUGUGGCUUCGUCGACGCGCCGUCCGUCACUGGAUUUGAAGCGAUCCGAAUCGCUGACGCUGCCAAAGCCCGACGUCGAUGACGCAGUGACGCUGGAGCCGCCGCGACCGCCGCCGUCCGACUUGACCACCGUCGAGGGCAGCUCGACGCCGAACGACGACCGCGACAGUCAAGGCAUGAAGCGCGUUCGGCUGGGUUGGGGCCAAGGGCUCGCGGCAGCGUCAUCGCCCAGCGCAGCGGCGAGCGCUACGUCGGCAGUCAAACGACCCCGCAUCGGCUGGGGCCAGGGCUUGAUGUCGCAGGCGGCCGAGUCGACGACGACCCUGGAGCGCCGUUCGAUGUCGCCUUUGCCAGCGUCGGCCAAGACCGAGCGUGUGCCAGAUGUGACACCGCCCCGGCCAGCACCCUUGCCUGGCUUGCUCCCGACGCCCGUGAUGGGGCUGCUGCCAACGCCAACCACGGGGCUCUUGUCGACGCCAGCGUCCGCCACGCCGCCUGCGCACUCGACCACCGUGUCGUCCGUGUCGUCGCCAGCGCGACCGGCGGGGCUCCUUCCAGUGCCAACGUCAUCGACCGCAGUGUUCGCAUCACCACCCACAGCGGGGCUUCUUCCACACCCAUCGACCGGUCUUCUCUCGUCGCCAGGUCUCCUCCCACUGCCAAAGUCUGCGCCACUCUCCGCGGCCACGCCUGUGGCAGUGGUAGCGCCAGCAGUCUUGACUGUAGCAGCACCAGCACCAGUGGCAGCCUCGGUGCCUGCGCCCGUUCCGGCACCAAUUGUACCUGCCCCCGUUGCCGUUGGACCUUCGGCCGUACCGCCAGCAGCACCCGUGCUCGACAACGAUGCUGGCGUCGCACCAGUAGUCGCUGCGCCACCGCGCAAGGAAGAUCUUUUGGUCUCGAUCGACGCACUGGACGCCGACAUCACCCGCGUCCAGGGCCAGAUCAAAGCGAACCGCGAAGAGUACGCAGCGCUUAAGAUGCAGCCUCUGACGUUCUUUGACGAGCCGGAAGAGCCGGGGGUUGUCGUCGUGGAGCCGCCCAAGCCCAAGUCGCGACCGGUGAUUAUGGACCCGGAACUCAUGGCCACUGUCAAUACGCUGAUGACGACCAACCGAGCCAAGGCGACGGACGCUGCCGCGGACCUCGAGACGCUCGGCACGGCGGCCGUGCAGUACGCAACGCCGGGUGACGCGCCGGGCUUGUCGGAGAUUCUGACGACCAGUGCGUCACUGCGGCCUCGGGUGCUGUCGCGCAUCAUGGCGCGCAAGGCGGCGCACCACACCAAGAUGCGGCAGCUCGCGGUGGAGUUUGUGCAGCUCAAGAAGGCGUGGCGGCACCGCGUCAAACGCAUUGAGAAGGACAAGAAGAAGCAAGAGAAGAUUCGGUCCAAGCUGCUGCUCAAGCAGCAAAAGAAGACGCAAACGACGACCGCCACCGACAGCACGGCGGCGGCGGACGAGGCGGCGACCAACAGCAGCAGUGUCCGGACGUCAUCCCGUCUCACCAACAACUCGAGCAACCCGCCACUGCUCCCGACAUUGCAGACCGGCCUCGAGAAGGAUUCGGCGGCGCAGUGGGAGCAAGACAAUCGGCGCAAGCGGCUCAAGGGUGCAAUGGUGGCGUCUGGGUCGAGCGCGAGCUUGUACGUGAUCCCCGACAUGCUGCUCGACCAAGACAAGUUGUGCGUGCAGCGAUUUAUCAAGUUGCCGCGGCCGACGCUGACGGGCCUCGAGACGCCGGCGACGCCAUUGGACGGGCAGCUGGCGGUCGCGGUCGAGAAGCUCACGAAUCCGUGGAGCGACGUCGAAAAGUGCAUUUUCGUCGACAAGUUUCUGCAGUUUCCAAAGCAGUUUUACCAGAUCGGAACGUACCUCAAGAACAAGACGACGGGCGACGUCAUUGCGUUCUACUACAACACAAAGAAGGUCGUCGACUAUAAGGCCAUCAUCCGCGAGCAGCAGCUGCGGCGGCGCGGCGCUGGCAUCAAAAACACAUGGAACUGCUGGCAUCUCUCGGCCUGUGUCGCGAUGGCGCUCGGCGUCCAGUUUCCCGACUCGAUCAAGGCGAUGCUCUUGCAGCCGUCCAACUUUCGGUCGCACCAGGCUGCCAACUGCAUCUUGCACGCGGUCAAGGGCGUCAAGGACGCGACAGCCAACGACGACACGGCGUCGACGACCAACGACGACGACAAGGAGUCCAAGGACGGAUCGACGCUCGGCGUGCCGCCCAUGGUGCUGGACCUCACGACGCUCCUCUCGGACAAUGCGUUUAGCACCGGGUACGAGACCUCGAGCGUAAGCGUGCGCCAGCGCUUUUUGGACUUUCGCGCGUCGAGCCAGUACCAGCCCGACCCGCCGCCCGUCGCGCUCGACAACGAACCGAUCAAGGUCGUCUCGAAGCUCAAGCUCAAGAAGGAUGCAGCCGUCGCCGACGCCAUGCCGUCGCCAGCAUCUCGGCGCAAGUCGGGCACGCCCCGCGCGGCCAACCCAAUGAAGAAGGAUUCCAAGCGCAGCGCCAAACUCAAGCGGGAAGACGCGCCGAAACGCGCAAAAGUCUCACCGACCAACGUCCAAGACGACGCACCACCGCCGCCGGCGCCCGAACCGUCGUCGCCGAUGCGCGAGAAGAAGUCGUCGAAGCCACUGCCACCAGCGCAGCUGCCUCUACUGCCACCCCCGCCCAUGGUGGCGCCACCGCAACUCCUUAGCAAGCACAAUAACCCGAUGCUGCAGCUGAGCGUGCCGCUGCACGUGCCGGUGCUGCACACGCCGUCGCCGAGCGGCAGCAUGCACCACCCGUCGUUGCUGCCGACGCCGAUGGGCCAGCCACCGUCGGUGCUCAACGCAUCGAGCCUCCCGCCCGGGAAGCGCGUCGUGCAAAAGUGGACGGAGCAAGAGAAAUCCGACUUUCUGAAGUUUUUCUCGGUCUAUGGCAAGGACUGGAGUGCGCUCACCAACAGCAUUCCGACCAAGACCGCGGCCCAGAUCAAAAAUUACUAUCAAAAUUACAAAAACCGCCUCGGCCUCCAGGACAUACUGAAGAAGCGCACGGAGCGGAUCACAUCGACCGGCAGCGGCCCCAACACGCCGCAGUCGGGUCCGAUGCCGGGCCAGGCUUCUCCUACGGCGCUGAGUUCACCCCCGUCGUCGUCGCCGCCGACGUACGCGUUCCCGAUGUCGAUGCCGCCGCUGCAACCGCAGCAGACGUCGGCGCCGUCCAACAACAGCGAGUACAACAAUGCGUACCCGUCGAUGAGCGCGCGGCACAAGCUUUUGCAGCUGCAGUGCGAACUCUCUCGGAUCACGAUGCAGCAGCCGCCGCCGGAAGCGCCGUCGAAUUCGUCCAACCCGACGUCGAUGGCGUACUCGACGAUCAACUCGCAAGCGUCGCAGAUGAAGCUGCUCCAGUAUUCGCUGCAGCAGCAAGUGCAAAUGCUCCAGAUGCAGAUUCACCAACAGGAGCUGCAAAGCAAUGCGCCGUACGCCCCGCGGCCCCUCCAGGAGCGCAUGCACCUGCGACCAGCGACCGACAACUACUACGACCCGCGCUACAGCGACAUGAAGAUGGAGGUGCCACAGCAGCCGCCCAUCGUGCCACGGCCGCACCUGGACGCACCGUCGUCGUCCACCGAGCGGCCGUCGAGCUCGAGCUUGCCACCGCUGGCCGAGGCGCCGCCGAUUACGAUCCCGCCGCCAACGUCGCGCAGUCUCAUGUCUUUUUCGUCCAUUUUGAACGAGAGCAACGGGAGUCCGUACGGCGCGCAGACGCCACCGACCUUGACGCCUGUGCACAACAUGUCUCGGUCGAGCGUCUCGAACCUCCUCAACCGGCACCAUCGAGCGUCGCACACGCCGCCAGCCAAUGCGUCGUCAUCGUCGUCGCAGCACGCGGCGCAACUGCAACAGCAGCAGCUCCAGCAAGGACCGUCGGCCGCCAUGAAGCUGCAUUUGAGCCACCCGCUGCGACCCAUGGCCCACCCGUCGCAGCAGCAACAGCAGCAACAACAACAGCAACAGCAACAACACUCGCAUCAGCAACAGCAGCAGCAGCUAGGGUACUAUGGCUCGGCGCCGUCGCUCCCGAGCCAUUUGCACCAGCACGGACAGUCCAGUCGGAAUCCGUACGCGUCCGUGCUGAACGAGGCGCCGCACAGCGACAUGGCGUACUCGGGACAGUCGUUCCAGCAGCAGUUGCAGCAACGCCAGAUGCAGCAGACGCCGGUGCAUUACACCAUGGACAAGGCACCACCGUCGGACGCCGAGUCUGUCUGGACGAUGGAGCAGCAGCUGCGAUACGAAGAAGAGGCCCAGAGCUUGCACCGCGCCGCUUUGGAGAAGGAAGCGUUUGCCCGGCGUGCCGAAGAAGAGGCAACACGGGCGGCCGCCGCGGCCGCCGCCGCAGCUCGGGCGCUUCAGGAAGCCCAAGCAGCGCGGCAAGAAGCCAUGCAUUUGGCGGCCAACGCAGCACGGUACACGAGUCAUAUGCAGCAGCGACAAAACAUGCACAUGCCGUACGGGCACCACCACCCGCCGCCGUAUCUGCAUCCGAUGCCGCACAUGGCCCCGUCGGCCGCGCCCGAGACCGACGGCCCGCCACCCGCCGCCAGUCCCCGAGAGUCGUCGAGCACCACGCUGUAGUAGGUAAUAGAAGUAGUGAGUGUCUUA